GUCGUUCUCGCGGCUUCGAUCUGCACCCGUGGAGGGAAAGCUGUCCUCUCAAGGCAGUUCAGGGAGAUGCCCCGAUCCCGCAUCGAAGCCCUGCUCGCCUCAUUCCCCAAGCUCGCCCAGAGCGGUACCCAGCACACGACUGUCGAGCAGGACAAUGUCCGAUUCGUCUACCAGCCCCUCGACGAGCUCUACAUGGUGCUCAUUACCAACCGCCAAUCCAACAUCCUCCAGGAUAUUGACUCGCUCCACCUCUUCGCCCAGGUUGUCACCAGCGCCUGCAGAACCCUCGACGAGAGAGAGAUUGUCCGCAAUGCCUACGAGCUCCUCAGCGCCUUUGACGAGCUCGUGACGCUGGGCUAUCGCGAGAAUCUGACCCUCGGCCAGAUCAGGACUUUCCUCGACAUGGAGAGUCACGAGGAGCGCAUCCAGGAGAUUAUUGCCCGUGUAAGGCUUUCCAUUCCUAGGCCGCAAAACAUUCUCGGACCCCGAAAAAACAAGGAGCUUGAGGCCACCGAGGAGCGGAAACGCAAGGCCAAGCAGCUCGAGAUGCAGCGCAAGGAGACUGCCCGCACCGGUCGCGCAGUCGCCCCCAGGGCACCCAACUACCCCACCUACACUCCCCCCUCGAAACCCAGCGCCGAGAUCACCAACUCGUAUGAGGCCGAGAAGAACAAGAGCUUCAACAAACCCGUUGCUCCCAAGGGUAAGGGCAUGCAGCUCGGCAAAAAGUCCAAGACGACAGAUAUGUUUGAGCGUGUGCGGGGCGACAUUGGCGUCGAGGCGGACGACACGCCCCUGGUGACCCCUCAGCCCUCGGCCCCCGCCGCCGAGGCCGGGCCCCGUAUCUCGUCGACGCUAGACCGCGAUGCCAUCCACGUCACCGUGUCGGAGUCGGUCAGCGCCAAGCUGUCCAGGGAAGGAAGCGUCAAUUCUCUAGCUGUCAGCGGAGAUCUAACGCUGCGCAUCUCGGACCCGAGCCUAACCAAGAUCAAGCUGGGCCUGCAGGCCGUCCAGGCUCACGGUGUCCAGUUCCGCACGCACCCCAACGUCGACCGCAACCUGUUCAAUGGUUCCAGGGUGAUCCAGAUGAGCAACACUGCUAGGGGCUUUCCUAUCAAUAACUCGGUCGGCGUGUUGAGGUGGCGCGCCACGCCCAAGGCCGAGGACCCGGCGGCUUGCCCCAUCACCUUCACCGUCUGGAUCAACCGGGACGCCGACAAGUUUACGCUGACUGUCGAGUACGAGCUUACCGGCGGAGACGCGCUGCGCGACGUCAAUGUUACUAUCCCCUACCAAGGCAGCGAGCCCGUCGUGUCCAGCUUCGACGCCGCCUAUGAGGUGUCGGGCGACACGCUCGAGUGGAACAUUGGCUCCGUCGAUGAUGAGAACCCCUCUGGCUCUUUUGAGUUUGAGGCCGAGAGCAACGACGAGAACGAUUUCUUCCCCAUGGCCGUGCGAUUCAGCAAGACGACUCCUUAUAUUGAUGUUGAUGUUACAUCGGUAUCUCUUCUCGAGGAAGAUGAAGAGGUCACCUUUUCCAAGGAGACCAAGACCAGCGCGGACAACUUUUUGAUCGAGUAG